UGAGAGUUACCCUGAUCACAUCAACCUGAUGCCAUGAAUUGAAGAAGAGGUGAUGACUAGUUACAGCUUAGAGGCCUGGUGGCCUAACUUGAUUGCACCUAACUGGAAUAAAUGAAGACCAACUCUGAGACUCGGAAUUCUGCCUUCAUGUUUCUACCACUACUACUACAGCUGCUGCUGUCCAGUUUGGCCUUCCUGAAAGUGCUAGAGAAAGUGGAAGGUCCGAAGAAUGUUCACAUCAUUUCCACUGAUAUGACACAUUUGUUGUUGUGGAGCCCAGUCCCUGCUUCGAAAAGUCCAGUGAACUAUUCAGUGCAGUAUCAAGGAGAGCAUGAAAGGGAGUACAAAAACGGUACUUGGGAAGAAGUAGAAGAGUGCACUGGUAUUGGUGUCACCAUCUGUGAUGUCACUAAAGAAAUCUCUUCAAAUGUGUACUACAGCUUCAGGGUCAUGGCAAUUCAGGAAGGCAGAAUGUCUGACUGGGAAACAAUUGAGCAUAUGUUCAAAAGAAAUCAGACUUUCUUGACAACCCCCCAAAUAAAUAUUACUGACAAGACUGAAUUUGUACGAGUGCAAGUAAAGAAGAUGCCCAAAUCAAUCGUUUACAUCAUAAGAUACUGGCAGCAACAUAACGAAGACAAUAUCAAAGUCGCCACCAUACCCUGGCAGCAGACAACAUAUGACAUAAUUGACAUUGUAGAACACUCCACUAUCUGUCUUCAGGCACAGACCUACUCUGAAGUAAUCCACAGAAGUAGUAAUUUCAGUGAAGUGCAGUGUGUCCAUUUAAAAGAAAGGAGGCAGAGAUGGGACGCAAUCUUAACAGCUGGUGUUUUAGCCAUUCUGGUACCGCUCAUGGUACUCUGUGUGUUGGGGCUUCUCUGCCGCUUUUCCAGUGUCCUCAAGCAUUCGGUCUGCCCUGUGGAGCAUUUGCCUGAUACGCUGGAUUUUGAAUACUUUCCUGAGAAAAUACAGAGAAAAACAAAAGAAGCUUCUGAGUACUGUGAGCCUAUCAUGGUCCUGUCUAUGGAAAACAAUGAGAUCACUGGAUUACUGCACACAGAGACAUCAGCAGAGGAGAAGAGAGUCUAGCAAAAGUGACUAAAACAAGCUGUUUACACUGCUAUGACUGUUGGAAACAUCUUUCAUCCUUACCUUAACUGGAAUCUUUGAAUGGCAAAGCUGUGGAAAUUACCAUAUAAUGUUUCAUAAAAGUGAUUCCUUUAUACUGCUUUAGAACAGUCAUCAACAUUAAAGUGACUAAGGUUUCUUCAGCAUGAAAUGACUGGUUAAUAAGCUCCCAGAGUGCAGCCAUUUAAAACUAAACCCAAGCAGUAAUAUGCAGGAUCACUUCACAAUCUUCAUAUUAAUUGAAAAAUAGAAACAUCAGUUUGAGGAUGACCUCUAAGAACACAAAAAACAAUGCUAAGACUUUGGAGGGCUGUUAUUUAUGCUUCCUGCACAUUGAUACAUGGAAAUGGAUCUCAGUUUGGACUGGCAGCAUGGAAGUGGCAUUGAUGCAGUCUACCACUUACUGUACUUUAAUUAGUUACAACUACUGUGUAGCCUGGUGUUCCCAUCAUAAAAUGGUGAGUUGGGAUGGUAGUCCAGUGCCAAGUGAGGGUCAGUAAACAAGUGUAAUGUGAAAAAGGUUCUCUGUGAAUAAGCAUGCUUCCUCUGGAGUGAGAAUGUGUCAUAUCAGUGGCAGACUAAAAUGGCCAUAUUCACAUAUCAGUAGAGCAUAGCUUCUGGCAUCCAGAGUCAUGGCAUUUGUUCAAAUGCAAAGGUGGGAUUGAAAUAACUGUGGAAGAAAAUUCAUGUUUUGUUGGUUGUUCAAAUAGUUAAAGACAAAAAGAAAAAAAAAUAUGUUAAAAUUAAACCAUUUUUUUUCUCUCAUUUUAAGAGUUAAGUUUGAAAUCAUGGAAGAUAUUUUAACCUCAAUCCAUACAUUUCAUGUUUAAGUAUUAUUAGGGUGUUGUACCAUGUUAGCCAAUAUGGAUAUAAUGAGACGUCAAGCAAAAUGACAUCUUUUAUUGGCUAACUAAAAAGAUUAUAAAAUGCAAGACAAGAUGUCUCCCUUAAAGGUUUUCCAAUGCUGUAUCUGUCCUGGUAUCUAUAUAAAUGCAGUCUCUGUAAUACAUUUUGCCUGAGGCAGGGGCCUGAGUUGCCUUGAAAGCAUAUUGUAAUCUUUUAGUUAGCCAAUAAUAAAAUGUGUCAUUUUGGUUGACUUCUCAUUGCAAGUUUAAGUAGUCAAAAAGAAAAUAUUGUGAUUUCCUUAUGUAUCUUGAUGUAGUCAAAAGUAAGAUGAGGUUUUGUUAAAGCCUGCAGUCUGCAAGUUUCUCAAAGAUGGAUGUUUGAGAAAUGUGAAAACAGUCGUGCAGAUUCAAGAGGCAAGUUAAUUACAUAAUCACAGCAUUAAGGAACACACUGCAUGGACUCCAACAGACAUGCAAAUGUCCCUGGUGUAUA